AUGGCGGGUUCAAGAAGAUAUAAUAGAAAAAACCAAAGUAGUAGAAGCUAUAGGAAGCAUUCUAGACCAAGUUUCUCCCAACCAAAGUAUUAUAACAAUGGUAGAAAAUAUAGAAGUUACUAUGAAAGAUAUCCAACCUCAGAAGUGUUAGUUGAAGAACCAACUAGUGACAGUGAAAUAAGUGAAGAUUCAGAAUCAGAAAUUAGUUCAAGUGAAUCAGACUCUUCAGACUCCAGUGACUCAAGUGAUUCCAGUGACUCAAGCAGAUCUGAAAGUGAAGAAGAAGUCUAUGAAUUUAACUUAGAUUCAAACUCAGAUGAUGAUAUCAUCGAUUUAAACGACGAAUUAGAAAACGAUACUAUCGAAAUAUUAGAUGCUGAUGGAAGAGUUACUGAUUUAAAUGACGAAAUGAUAAGAUAUUACGAUUCUGAUAGUUCAGAUGAAGAUUGUAAUUGUGAUAAUUGUGUUUCAUCAGAUGAAGAAUGUGAUUGUGAAAAUUGUGUCCCAUCAGAUUCUGAAUUAGACUCAAGCUCAGACUCAGAAUCAAGCUCAGACUCAGACUCAAGUUCAGACUCAGAAUCAAGCUCAGACUCAGACUCAAGUUCAGACUCAGACUCAAGUUCAUCCAGUUCAGAUUCAGAAUUAUCAGUUUCAGAUUCUUCAGAAUCCUCUGACUCAGAAUCUUCAUCCUCAUCCUCAUCUUCAGAUUCAGAAUCAGAAAGUGAUAGUGAUGAUGAAUAUGCUGCUGUUAUCUACGAACCAACUGAUAUUUUGGAUGUCAUCGAUAUGAAUGAUCAAUUACAAGCUCAAGCUUUAAAUGACAUUGACAGCGAUGAAAGUUCUAUCACCGAUUUAGAUAUCGUUUACAGUUCCGAUGAAGAUGAAUUAAAUGACCAAUUACAAUUAGAAAAUGUCAGACAAUAUUUCGAAGAAGAUUUACACAGUGAAGAUGAAUUAGAAAUCGAUAGUGAAAGCGAAGAAUUUAUCAAUGUUGAUGGAGAAAGCGAUUUCAGUUUAGAAUCAGAUAUGGAAAUUGAUUCAGAUUAUGACUCAGAAACUUCUGAUGAUGAAGGUAUCACCAUCUAUAGACAUAGAUUUGAUUUACCAAAUGGUGAAAGCGAAGAAGAUUCCACCGAUGAAGAAUUAAUGAAUUACAUUGAAGAUGAAAACAAUGAAUUAUUAGCAUACGAUUCCGAAGAUGAAUAUGAAUUCAAUGACGGAACCAUUGAUUUAUCAGCAGAUUUAGAAAACAGUAAAGAUUGUGAAUUAAUCCAAAUUAAUGACAAUUUACAUAAGAUCGUUUUAAGAAUUCCAGCUUUAAUCAACAAUGAAUUAAAAAUCAAAUUCAACAAAUUAGAAAACAAAUUAAUCUUAAAUGGUAAAGUUAUAAUUGAUGAUGAAGAGGAUGACGAAGCUUAUGAAUCAGAUAAUGAAAGUGAUAAUGACCACAAUGAUUGUGAAAACUGUGGUGGUUGUGAUGACUGCAAAACUGGUGAUGUUUGUACUUGUGAUGAAGAUCAUGAAGAUUGUUCUAAAUGUGGUGGAUGUGAUGAUUGUGAUAAUUGUGAUGAUUGUAAAUGUGAAAAAGAAGAAUCAUCAAGUUCCGAAUCAUCAGACUCAUCAGAAUCUUCUAGUUCCGAAUCAUCAGCAUCAUCAAGUGAUUCAAGUGAUUCAAGCUCAUCAGAAUCAAGUUCUGAAGAUUCAAGUUCCGAAUCAGAAGCUGAAGCUGAAACUGAAGAACCUAAAAUUCAAGAAGUUGAAGUUGAAGUUGAAGAAAAAGAUUCAGAUAACGAAUCGGUUGCUUCAGAAGAAGUCGAUGAAGAAAUCUUGGAAGACACCAAAUCAUUCAUUCAAGAUUACUUAAGCAAUGAAUUACAAUUUGAAAAAGUUUUCACCUUCAACAAAUUAAUCAACUUUAACGAAAUCAAAGCCAAAAUUACCAAAGAUGAAGUUGAAAUAUUAAUUCCUAACUUCGAUGAAGAAGUUUCAACUGGUGAUAUUGAAAUUGAUAUCGAACAUGUUGAAUCAGAAGCAGAAAAACAAGAGGAAGAAAAGGAACAAAAUGAGGACGCUAUGGACCAAGAUAAUGAUAAUUAG